AUGAUGUUUCUUGGAUUUUUGUUAUUAAUCCAAGAUUCACAUAUUAUAGCCAUAGACAUAGGUGUUGAUGGUUUUCGUGUUGCAUUGCCUAGUAAGGAUGACAAUGUUUUGAUCAUUAGUUCUCCAGAAUGCAAAGGUUUGUUUCCAACAACUCUCGAGAUUUCACCAAUCAAAGGAAACAUUCCGAAAACGAUAAACCACUCAAACAUACAUAAUCUCCGCUUUAAAUUCUUAAGUCCGAAAGAUCAUAUCAAAAAUCCAAAUUCCACAAUCCUUCAUCCAACAAAUUUCUUGUGCAGACUUUCAUCACCGGAAUUUAUGCAACAGACAUACAAACGUAAAUAUUUACAUCGAAAAUCUUUGUAUUUGAACUCAUAUCACGUCACUAGUGGCUUAUUACCACAAAUAGUCACAUCAACAGUAUUAGCACGUAUCAAAUCAGCAUUUGAUCAAAAUGAAUUCGAUAUUGGAAAAACAAUUAUCACAGUUCCUAAAUUUUGGGUGCAAAAUCAACGAGAAACAAUCUAUCAUCCAGCCAAAAAAUUAAAUUUACAUCCUACAAUUAUCGAUUCUAGCUCUGCAAUUGGCGCACAUCUCGCUAGAAAAUAUCGAACUUUUUUAUCUAAAUUUCCACACAGAAUUCUUGCAAUAGAGAUUGGUAUUUCGUCAUGUGAAUCCACAAUCUUCGAAUUUACACGCAAAGAAACACUUUUUGCACAUGAAUUAAGUUAUUAUUGGACAGACCAAGCGGGAACACGAGAUUUCGAUUGUGCAGUUGCAGAUUUACUCCAAAAGAUCACUAAAACACCAUUAGAUCCAGAAAAUGAGAUCCUUAGACUUGAAGAAGCGAAAACAAUCCAGAAAUUACUUCGAAAGAACGAAACUGUCUCAGGAUAUUACAAUGGCAUCCCAUAUAAGAUCACCCGCAACCAAGUAAAGUCAGUUUGUGAAGAAUAUUUCAAGAAAAUUUUACAUAUGAUCGAUCGACAGUUUUUAAUUGUUCCAAACAUCGAAAUUGACCUUGUUGAGAUCAUUGGAUCCGGUGCGAAACACUUUGCAAUCUAUGAUCUGUUGAAAAACGUCUUUGGCGAAAAUCGAAUUAAAAUUGAUCAUCAUCCAAAGGAUUACAUCGCAAUUGGAGCAUGUGUCAUGCCAAUACAGAAUGUCUCCAUUGAUUACUCCCCUUUGUAUCCAACAGAACUCAUCCAGGACAAAAACAGAGUUUUAUUUGUUGGAUUUAAAUGGGUUAACCCAUUUAAGUCAGGAACAGUUCAAGUCGGAGUUCCUGUAGAACACAGAGUUCCUAUCGGAGUUCCUCACAUUUAUUUAUGGGGCCAAGUCACAGAAAAUACGGUUUUUCGACGAAAUCCGUCCCAAAUUUUGAAAUUAAAGGACUCAAAUAGGAAAGUGAACAUUCCAUGGCUCGAAGAAACACUUAGGACUACACAAUACAUCGUAAACUUCGUUGACGAACGAGAUAAAACUCGAAAUUUCUAUGAAAAUUCUUCAUCUUUUUUUGAUGAGAUAAUUGAUGAUAUCAGGGAUGGAGAAGAUCUUUGUGUGGUCAUGCAUCAACUGGAAAGAGACGAAAUUGUUGAAAAACUUUUGGAAAUUAAAAGAAAAUUUAGAAGUAGAACGGAUUUCACCAUGAACGAGAUAGACAAGAUGAUCCAUGAAGCAUAUGAUGUAUACAGUCCACCGAAAAAGAGGUUGGAAAACAGAUUAACCAUUCUAAAAAUGAUUGACAAAUAUUAUUCAAGAAUUUAUAGUAUUUUAGAGGAACUUUCUGCAUCGUUGUCAUCUAUCAAGACUAUAAAACUGAAUAAUCCACUCGUAGAAGAGCUACUUCGACCUGCAGCGGAAUUUCAACUUUGGCUCGAUGAGAAAAUGAAUGCUUUUUAUACAAGUGACCCAACAACUUGUCCUAACUUAUGGUGGUUCGAUAUUGAGAAGAAAUUGGAUGAUCUCGAAGCACUUUAUAAAACUAAGGUCAAAAGACUGCGUGAAACUUAUCAAUAG